GGGGAAAGCACGGCGGCCUGACGAAAGCGAGGCGAGGAGGAAUCCCACAAUACCAGGCGGGCUGUGUGGGCUCGCCGCCGCCGCUGUCUCUUUAAUGCAAGAGGAAGCGAUGCGGAGGGGUGGAAAAUGGCAGAGCUGCAGAUGCUGCUAGAGGAGGAAAUCCCUUCAGGCAAGCGGGCUCUGCUCGAGAGCUACCAGAACCUCACCCGCGUGGCCGACUACUGCGAGAACAACUACAUCCAGGCUCCCGAUAAAAGGAAAGCAUUAGAAGAGACCAAAGCAUACACAACCCAGUCUCUUGCUAGUGUUGCUUAUCAGAUCAAUGCACUGGCCAACAAUGUACUCCAACUGCUGGACAUUCAAGCAUCCCAGCUGCGGAGAAUGGAGUCCUCCAUCAACCAUAUCUCCCAGACUGUGGACAUCCAUAAAGAGAAAGUGGCUCGCAGAGAGAUAGGUAUUUUGACAACCAAUAAGAACACAUCAAGAACUCAUAAAAUUAUAGCGCCGGCGAACAUGGAACGUCCUGUAAGGUACAUUCGAAAACCUAUCGACUAUACUGUGCUGGAUGAUGUCGGCCAUGGUGUAAAGUGGCUAAAAGCCAAGCAUGGAAAUAACCAGCCUGCAAGAACUGGCACCUUGUCAAGGACAAAUCCACCUACACAAAAACCACCAAGUCCUCCUAUGUCAGGCCGGGGAACUCUGGGACGAAAUACUCCUUACAAAACCUUGGAGCCAGUUAAACCUCCAACUGUUCCUAAUGAUUACAUGACCAGUCCUGCCAGACUUGGAAGCCAACACAGUCCAGGAAGAACAGCUUCCUUAAACCAGAGACCAAGAACACACAGUGGUAGUAGUGGAGGAAGUGGCAGUCGAGAGAACAGUGGAAGCAGCAGUAUUGGCAUUCCCAUUGCCGUGCCUACACCUUCGCCACCAACUGUUGGGCCAGCACAAAUUUCUGUUCCUCCUCCUCCUGGAGUCCCGCCAGCACCACCACUGCCACCACCUCUCCCGAUGGGCAGUACGAUAGCUGCUCCUGGUUCAGCUCCUGGUUCCCAGUAUGGCACAAUGACCAGGCAAAUUUCACGACACAACUCUACCACUUCUUCAGCAUCUUCUAGUGGAUACAGACGGAAUCCCUCUGUGACUGCCCCAUUUUCUGCUCAACCUCAUGUUAAUGGCGGGCCUCUCUAUUCUCAAAACUCAAUUUCUAUUGCUCCACCCCCUCCCCCUAUGCCUCAGUUGACUCCACAGAUACCUCUCACAGGCUUCGUGGCCAGGGUGCAGGAAAACAAUCUGUCCUAUGUUAAGCAAGGUCAGACUGGGAUGGUACUAGGACUGGAGACGUCCAAAGAACGUUACUGAUGUUGGCGAUCCAAUUGGGGGCACUGAUCCAGUGCCCCCAGAACAGUGCAGUGGGACGCGAUGCAGCUAGUGGUGCUAUAAGGUGAAAUUUCAAAUCAAGGCCCAGACACUUAUAUGGAAUUAUUACACUUUUUUUUGGUGCUAACUCUGGUGUUCUGCUCAGGUUCUGGCCCACCAAUUAUAUUACUCCUAACUAAAUUAUUUCUAUAGGAGAUGCCAAAUAUAUGGCACAUGGGCUGAAUCUGGCCAGUGGGGCACUUGCUUCUGGCCCCAGUGUUCAUGAAAGGGAUUUGUCCCACAGCUGCUCGGCUGCAGCUUGUUCACAGGAACUAGAAGGAAACCUGAGUGGGAGGAGGGAGCUCCUGCCAGACUGGGCACAGGUUCCAUCACUGAGCUAGUCAGUCAAGACUCAGAGCAGAGGCUUUCCACCCUCUCUCUCUGUGCUGUUGCUGCCGAGCAUGCUGGGAUCAGAACUUCAUCUGGGUACAGUGGUGGUCAUUUUUUAUCCUAAACUGUCAUGUAAAUUAUUGUGCAUUGUUAAGUAGCUGUCUUACUCCUCCACAGAGGGGACUGCAUAUGUAGAUUUGAUUGGAUACAAACAGAUCUUUGGCCUCUGUCCUGGUUGGCAGGAUGAUCAGUAGCAGGGAGUGAAUGGGGAAAGUGUAAUGAAAUGUUUCAUGUUGCAGUGGGAAGGCAGAGGGGCUAAAAGUGAGGUGUUUGACCUAGGAGAGCAGUUGGGGGAUGUCUGUUGCCCAUAUAAAGAGGUUAAGAUGUAAUAUGUUGUGGCAUUUCCCAUGAAUGGGGAAGAUGGAUCUCCAGCCCUUAUUUGCUGGCUGGAGGAGAGUUUGCAAGCCAGUGUUUAGAAAAAACGGUUACUCACCUUCUCCUAACUGUUCUUCGAGAUGUGUGUUCAUGUCCAUUCCAAUCACGUGUGCAUGUUCCGCGUGCACAGUUGUUGGAAAGCUUUCCUUUAGGAGCUCCCGUCGGGUCAGCUGUGGAGCCCCUUGGAGUGGUGCCUUCAUGGCGCUUAAUAUAUGACCCUGCUGACCCGGCCCCUCCUCAGUUCCUUCUUACCGCCAGUGACUGUCAUUGGAACUGCUGUUGCUUGCUUAGCAAGUGCUUCCCUUAGUGUUUUCAUAUAGUUAGCUUAGCCUAGUCUUAGUUGUUAGUGUAUAUAUUGUAUAUAGUAAGGUUUGGGAGUGGGGUUUCCCUAAUCCCAACCCCACCCCACCCUCUGGGCUCCUAGGCAUGCCAAGAGCCCAAGGCUUUUAAACUUUGCAGAACCUGCAGGAAGCCUAUGCCAACAAGCAAUCCCCACGACUCGUGUCUGUGGGAGGUGCACCAGAUAGAAACGUGCAAGAUCUGCAGGGCUUUCCGCCCCAGAAUUAAAGAGGAGCGAGAUUUCCGAUUGAAGCAGUUGCUCAUGGAAUCCGCCCUUCAUCCCCAGUCUGCCGCGGACUGCCAGGACCCCGCACCGAGAGUGUCUGUCUGUAUGGAGUGCCCUGGCAUCAGUAUGUAACACGGUGCCGCGGAGGGACUCUAGUCUAAGAGACCCUCGGCACCGGCGUGUUCUGACACCGCAGGAUGCACAGACAAUCCAGCACCGCUUGCAUUCACCAGUGCUGUAAAAGCGGCAUAAAAAAGCUGCCAGGGCACUCCCUGGUGCAGAGAACAGUGGGACCUGCAGGAGUGUGUGAAUAUCAGAGGCUUGGGGGAGGAAGUCUGUGGCCUGUAUGGCAAAGGUUCUCUAGGGAGAGCUGCUGUACUGUUCUUGACUGAUAUUUUUCCAUUCUGAAUAUUGGUGAUAGAUUUCCUUUCUCCCUAUCCCAAAGCCACUAGUAAUUGUGCUGAUAUUGGAAUCUUUUUAGAGAUUGAAUAUUUUGAAUCAUGCAUUUAAUUCCUCAUGUAUCUCCCCUGAGAGCAGUGGCUGCCUAUCCUCCAUUUGCAUUAAUUCACUAAUUGAAUCCAGGGCGUGUGCUCAUAGACUAUCCUGCAAGAUAAGGGUCUGUACAAAGCUUUGCCUCUGAAUGUGUAGUAUUCUGUUUUCUCUGACCUAGUCACAUCUGAUAUACUAAUGACUUCCCUCCCUUCUUGUCCUACACCAGAUUUUGUAAAAAGAUAAUUCUCAAAGUAAGACAGAAGCAAAUAAAUUAGUGCUCAGAAUAACAGAAAUGAAGUAUAUACAAAAUGCAUUAACACAGGAUUUGCAAAACCAUGUCAAACCACUGAUUCAUCAUGGUGCCCAGUUACCUCCUGGUUCUGAGGAUGCCCGUCAUCCCCUUGCAUAUGUGUAUAUUGCAUCUAGUCACUUGUCAUACAUGGAGAUGGGACAAAAAUUCUUUCUAUCUGCUGGCAAUCAGCUUAUGCCCUCUGGAGCAUGUGCUUUGACUCUAGUAGCAUUUAUACAUAGAUUUGACCACUAAUAACAUAGUUGUGUUUUGUAGCUUUAACAUGUAAAGCCUUUGUUUCUAAGCAGUGCAUGGUAUUGUAGUGCAUGCUCUCUUUCUCUACAAUGCACCGCCUAAGGUUUACGUUACUGUUUCUGAUGCAAAUCUUCAAACGUU